ACGGGAAGGCCGGAGGAGCAGUGUCUUGGAGACUUGACGAUGUUUUCUCCGCCAUCGAAUAAUUUCGGAUCCCUACCGCAGCGAACAGAACUGAUGUUUCAAAUAUCCAGAAACUCAAUCUUUUUUUCGUCCUACGGGGAGGCCAUAAAUUGAACGGUGAAAUUCAUCGAUUUAUCCGCCCACCAUGCUGUGCUCGUACCUCUUCACAUUCGCGUCGCUGGUCUGCACUGCUCUCGCUCAGCAGCACAAUGCUGAGCCGAUUGUCAAUGGGACGGCUGAUGACGGUUGGCAAUCGUUCCCAGACGUUAUUGAUGCUAAGGCGUAUCCUGACUGGGUCGUAGAUGAGGACGCGGGAGGAUAUCUGCCUGUAUACCAAACAGCUGGCCUGAACAAGACAGAAGUAACAAGAGCAAUUAUUGUUUUGAAUGGCAAGGAUAGAACUUGUUGGUCCGACUGGACUGCGAUGAAUAACGCGCUUUAUAAUGCUACCUAUGAUGAUCCCACCAUCGAACGCGACCACAUAUCUAUCAUGGCUCCUUGCUUCUUCACAGAGGCUGACUUGAAAGCGGGCGCGGCAACAGACGACCAGCUCAUAUGGGAUAAUACGACUUGGAUCAGCGGGCAUUCCAAUGUCGCCGAUAACCCAUCAAACUUUAGCACGUACGAUGUCCUCGAUACGCUUGUGGCGUACUACAUGAAUACAACCGUCUACCCGAAUUUACAGGUCGUCGUCAUUGCAGGCCACUCUGCCGGCGGCCAAAUGACCCAGCGCUACGUGGCUCUCAGGCCGUCAAACGAGGAUGAUAGCCGACUGCAUUUCUGGAUCGCCAACCCGGGUUCCUUAUGCUGGCUAACCUCGGACCGCCCAUUUCCCGACGAUGACUGUGAUGGCGUUGAUGAUUUCAAAUAUGGGCUGAAGGCGAACUUCCCCGCCUACGCAACUGCGGAUGCUCGUGUUCUUGAAAGGGAGGGUAUCAUUGAGAGAUACAACGGGCGCACAAUUAGUUAUGCCUGGGGACUCGUAAGUGAUGUUAUUUGUCUCAGAGUGAUUUUCUACCACUCGUUACAGGAAGACCAUGGUGACGGCGACCCUCGAUGUCAAGCAAAAACCCAGGGGAAUUCGCAUCUAGAAAGGGGACAGUAUUUCGUGUCGAUGCUGGAGGAUAUGGGAGGCGUACCUAAUUGCACCACCGUCGAUUGGGUACCCGGUAUCAGCCAUGACGCUGAAGGGAUGAUGGCAAGCAAUGUGGGAAUCGAUAAGUUAUUUCGAUUUAUGGGAAACGAGGGAUGUGCUUAACGGGGGCACGCAAUUCAGCUCUACACCGGAACGUCACUAAUAAUCGACUCCGCAAUGUUCCACCAACGUCAGAAUAUGCGGGUCUAAGUUUUGAAAAUAACUAUACAUACUCAUCUAAUUUUUGUAGUCUUCUACUCUUCGUAUGCGACCGUGUCGAUAUCAUCUGUUUCUAGGUAGUCCGUC